AUGUGUGGCAUACAUCUCUGCAUUCGCCUGGACUCGUCGGAUUUGUCAGGGUCGCGUCCUCUGGAUCCCGCCGUGGAGCGCCGCCUGUGUAGUCGCGGACCUGAUCAUCUUGGUAGGGUCGAGGCGCGACUGGAAUCUUGGCAGCUUUCAUUCACAUCGACGGUUCUCGCGCUCCGUGGCGAUUCCAUCACCACACAACCGUUUCAAGACGCGGCCUCCGGUUCUGUGUUGUGCUGGAAUGGCGAGGCAUGGCGGGUUUGCGACCGGGUUGUCGAGGGCAACGACGGCGCGCAAGUGUUUGAGUUGUUGACCGGAACCUCGGACGCGGGUGCGUCGGAGGACAAGACCGAGGAGGGGAUCCUCGACGUACUUCGCUCUAUUGAAGGGCCUUUUUCUUUCGUCUUUUUACAUUCGCCUACCAAGAAGAUCUACUAUGGAAGAGAUCGCCUGGGCAGGAGAUCUCUGGUCGCAUCUAGUGACGAUGGAUUCAAGCUGUGUAGCAUCGCCGAGUCUUCUGUGUCGUCUUGGCAAGAGGUUGAGGCCGAUGGGAUCUACUGCCUGGACCUGGGCAAGUGCUCGCCUGAGCUCUCAUUUCCCGAGCCCAUGGUACAUGGCUGGACGGCCGACCAGGGACAAGAUAUUAUUUCUGGCAUUGGAUGCUUCAACACCGAAUUGCCCAAGGAUUCUCAGGCAAAUUCACCGCCGGAGAUGGAUGCAGUGCAGCCAUUACAUGAGCAUAUUGCAGAAUCUCUAAGGCUUCGCAUCCUGAACGUACCGAUACCCCCUCGUGUCGAUUCCGCGACAGUGCCAGACACUAGGAUAGCUGUCCUGUUCUCUGGCGGCCUUGACUGCACAGUCAUUGCCAGGCUCUGUCACGAACUUCUCCCAGCCAACCAGGGUAUCGAUCUGUUAAAUGUAGCCUUUGAGAACCCUCGGUUAGCAGCUGCACAACGCAAAGUCGACCGUAGUGCGGAAGACUUGCUUGAAGAACUUUAUGAAGCUUGCCCCGACAGGGUCACAGGCAGGAAGUCCUUUGCUGAACUGCUCCAAGUAUGCCCAGGGAGAGCCUGGAGAUUCAUUGCGAUUAACGUGCCAUAUACAGCGACUAAAUCCCAUCGAGCCGAGGUCAUCUCACUCAUUCACCCUCACAACACAGAGAUGGAUCUUUCCAUCGCCUAUGCCCUGUACUUUGCUGCUCGCGGACAAGGUGUAUGCUACAGUGACAACUCAAUGACAGACAUGACGGGCAACGCCACACAACGACCUGACUGUUUUACCCCCGCGCGAAUCCUUCUCUCGGGUUUGGGAGCUGACGAAUUAUUUGGUGGCUACACCCGACACGCAACCGCAUUCUCGCGUAUGGGCUAUGCGGGGCUGGUUGAGGAGCUCAAGUUGGAUGUUGCACGACUGGGCAAGCGGAAUCUGGGCCGUGACGACAGGGUCAUGUCCAGCUGGGGAAAGGAAGUUCGUUUUCCAUUCCUUGACGAGCGACUGGUAAAGUGGGCCAUUGAUUUACCGGUGCAGCAGAAGUGUGACUUUGGCUUUGACCAGGUUGACGAAAACAGUAUCGAGCCUGGCAAACGGGUCUUGAGGCUCCUGUCCGAAAAGCUGGGCCUCAGAAAUGUCGCGAGGGAAAAAAAGCGUGCGAUACAAUUCGGCUCCCGGACGGCAAAGAUGGAGAAUGGCAAGGUCAAAGGGACAACGUUAAUAACGUAAUUGACCCUGGUCCUCAGCUCUAGGCAUAAAGUAUCAAUGCCUCAAGUCCUUUUGGUCGGUCUGAUUGCUGCACCUAUGGCGCAGCCACCCUUUCCAAUUACAACCCUGGCGGUGAUGACACAAAUACAGAUACUUCCGAGUACUGAGGAAUUUCGCAGCGGCUGGAGACGGCAUCUGAUCACGACGCUGAGGUUGUGUGUUUCUCUCACAUCUUUGGUGGGCUAUGAAACCCUCCUCUUCGACGACGAUAUGUCUGUCUUGCUUUAGUCGGCAAUUCUCUCAUUAUAAUGACGAAGUAAAGGCAAGUCUGAGCCAAUGAUUCUUUUGCCUUGGUAGUACCAAGGCCUCGUCUAAUAGUUGAGCCUCAAUAAAUUGAAUGCAUG